CCAUAAUCGAACCAAAGGAAUAAAAAGAAAGUCAGGCCUCUUGGCAGAUAGAUAUAUCAAUCAUUACAGUAACCAAAACUCCAAGAUAUUAAGCUCGACACCCCCGUCCUCCAUGACGUUCAAGAACCCUUCUUUGUUCUUCCAUGUAGCUGUACUGCUUUGUCUCUUCACAGUUUCCUGGUCGAAGCUCUCCGGCGGUAACUGGGUUCUUCUUCAUUCCAGCAUCGGAAUCUCGGCUAUGCACAUGCAGCUUCUAAAAAACGACAAGGUCAUCAUCUUCGACGGCUUAGAAGUUGGUCCUUCGAAUCUUUCUCUCCCCAACCGCAGAUGCGUCCGCCGCACCUUAAACGACAAAAUCGACUGCACCGCUCAUUCCGUCUCAUACGACAUCAUUUCAAACUCCGUCCGUCCCCUCACGCUCCACACUAACACGUGGUGCUCUUCCGGCUUCGUCAACCCCGAUGGCACCCUCAUCCAGACUGGUGGCUAUGGCGACGGCAUUCGAAAGAUCCGUACUUUCACCCCUUGUCAAGAUAAUAUCGUCUGCGACUGGGCCGAGCUAGUUAGCCUUAAUCUCACGGACCGAAGAUGGUAUGCUACGAACCAAGUCUUGCCCGAUGGUCGAGCCAUUGUCGUCGGGGGUCGUCAAUCGUUUACUUACGAGUUCUUUCCCAAGAACUCUCGAAACGACAUGUCGUAUUUUCUGAGGUUCUUGUGGGAAACGACGGACCCUUAUGAGGAGAAUAAUCUUUAUCCGUUCUUGCAUCUUUUGCCCGACGGUAACCUCUUCAUCUUCGCCAACAACCGCUCAAUCUCCUUUGACUAUCGCCGUAACUCGGUUGUCAAAGAGUUUCCCAUCAUACCUGGAGGCUGCAAACGAAGCUACCCGAGUACCGGGUCGUCGGUUCUCCUCCCUCUGAUUCUAAACACUACACGGUUGGGUUCAAGUGCGGCUUUGCCCGAAGCGGAGGUCAUGGUGUGCGGUGGAUCGCCGCCCGGUGCGUAUGUAAAGUCCAACAAAGAGCGUAUCUUCUUGCAGGCAGCGAGAAGUUGCGGCAGGCUGAGGGUGACCGACCCGAAUCCCGAAUGGGCCAUGGAGGACAUGCCCAUGCCACGUGUCAUGCCCGACAUGAUAAUCCUUCCUACGGGUGACGUCAUCAUCAUCAACGGCGCUGGGAAUGGUACGGCGGGUUGGAACGACGCCGUGAACCCGGUUCUCAACCCUGUGCUGUACAGGACCCGUAACCCACCAGGUCGGAGAUUCGUCGUUUUGAACCCGACGACCAUACCCAGGAUGUACCACUCGUCUGCUCUUUUACUGCCCAAUGGGCAAAUCUUAGUGGGCGGAAGCAACCCACACCGGACGUACAACUUCACCGCUCGUCCGUUCCAUACGGAAUUGAGCUUGGAAGCUUACCAUCCCUACUACUUGGAGCCACAGUACGCGAACAUGAGGCCUUCGAUCCUGACAGUUGAAUUGAGCAUGCAGACCCUAUCGUACGGCCAGAUGUUCUCAGUGACGUUCGUGUUGCCUCUGUACCGUCCGAAUCCGGGGAUCUCUGUUGCGCUCGUAACGCCGUCGUUUUCAACGCACUCGUUUGGUAUGAAUCAGCGGAUGUUGGUUUUGGAGGUGGGCCGGUUAGAGCACUUGUCCAUUUUCGCUUACAAGGUCUCGGCCCAAGGCCCACCAAUGAGCACGGUUGCCCCACCUGGGUAUUACAUGUUGUUUGUUGUUCAUUCUGGAGUUCCUAGUGAAGGUGUUUGGAUUAAGGUGCAAUAA